AUGUCCACCAGCACAGGAUCCAUCAGCACAAGCGCCGGAACCAAACCGGUCGAUCCGUACAAGAGCAGGAACUUUGAAGACCCCCCGUUGAAGCAGAAGAUUGAGGACCUGGUCGACUUCAUCUCCGAGAUGAAAUUCGGUAUGUUGACCACCAAGGCGUCAACCGACUCGGAUCUUCUUGCAUCGCGAUGCAUGGCAUUAGCAGGAAAGGAGAACGGCGGCAUCGACCUCAUCUUCCAUACAAACCUCUUCUCCGGUAAAACUAUGGAUCUCACCCUCCACCCAAAGGAAACCAAUAUGUCGUUCCUCGACCCCAUCAGCGGCGCCUGGGCAUCUAUUUCCGGAACUGCGACCGUCAUCGCCGACCCGGCUGUCGUUGCCAAAUAUUACAGCCCAACGCUGAAGGCGUGGCUCGGAGACCUGGGCGACGGCGUGCACGAUGGCGGGCCCUCGGAUCCGCGCAUCGGGGUCAUCAAGCUCGAGUCCAAAUUGGCCACGUAUGUACUGGCUCGGCAGGGUAUGUUUGGGCGUGCUAUUGAGACUGUCAAGAGUGCGGCCAGGGGGGAUGUCCCGGCUAUCAAUAGUAUCAGAGAGUUGAGCCUGGAGGAGUUGGCGGAAUGGCGUCGGACACACUUGCAAUCGUAA